AACUUCAGCGCCCUCGCGUCGCGAUCACUCUCUUCCGCCAUUUUGAAGACAAUGGAUCAAUCUGGUGGUCCAGGUGGAUUUGAUGCACAAUCGGCUUUCGCGGACGCAGUAGCAAGAGCAAGACAGAUAGCAGCUAAAAUCAACCAGCCCGGAGGGGGCGAUGCAGGACAGCAGGGUGUGAAGAGGCCAUUUGAAGAGGGAUCAACUGGGCUUGGUGAACCAGAAGCAAAGAAAACCCCAGCUGCAAUUGUAGAUCCUAUAGGAGCACAGCUGAGAGCGAUAGCAGAUCAACAAAGAGUAGCUGAUCAGCAAAGAGCCAGUCAGGCUGCACAGGCUGCACAAGAAGCAGCAGCGAGAAUCAAUCAGCAGCUAGGAGUAGCAUCAUCUGGUCCCCCGUCGAGCAUCCCCAAACCACACCUCGAGAUGGUCAGCACAGAAGAAUACGCAGUUCCUGACAAGAUGGUCGGAUUAAUUAUUGGUAAAGGUGGUGAGCAAAUCACACGGUUGCAAGCAGAGACAGGCUGCAAAGUACAGAUUGCCCCAGAUGAUGCAUGUAUGCAUUUUGCAGAUAGUGGAGGUCUACCUGAACGAAUGUGCACCCUCACAGGACCCCCUAGUGCUAUACAAGCCUGUAAGCAGGCAAUCAAUCUUAUCAUUGAAAGAGGAAAGAGCUCCCAGGGUCCAAUGGAUCCUAAUCAAUUGUAUGAUGGGCAAGCUGUGGUAGAGAUGAGUAUACCAGGCAACAAGGUCGGCCUCAUCAUUGGCAAGGGUGGGGAAACCAUCAGGCAACUACAGGAGCGUGCUGGUGUAAAGAUGGUGAUGAUUCAAGACAGCAACUCUCCUACAGCUUGUGACAAACCUCUAAGUAUUACAGGGGAUCCCAACAAGUGUCAGAGAGCCAAGGAAAUGGUUAUUGAACUAUUGGCAGAAAAGGACAUGGAGGUGGGUAGUAAUAUGGGUGGAGGAGGCGGUGGCGGUGGUGGUGGAAGAUUCAACGACUAUGGAAUGGGUGGCAGAGGAGGUGGAACUGAGAUACCUGUCCCCAGAGCAGCAGUUGGACUUGUUAUUGGCAAGGGUGGAGAAAUGAUCAAAAAGAUUCAAACAGAAACUGGUGCAAAAGUACAGUUCAAGCCAGAUGAUGGACAGACACCAGACAGAAUUUGUGCUAUUACAGGCCCUCCUGACAAGGUGAACCAAGCUGUAGGAAUGAUCCAUGAACUGUUGGAUAAUGCAAAUCAAUUCGGUCCUGGCGGUAUGGGUCGAGGUGGUGGUGGUGGCUUUGGAAUGGGACGAGGCGGUCGUGGUGGGGGUCGAGGUGGAGGUGGCGGCAGAGGUGGCUUCCCCCCAGGGGGACCAGGCAGAGGGGGCAUGGGCAGAGGGUUUGAUGGAGGAUUCCAAGAUGGAACAACAUACACAGUACCCUCGGACAAGUGCGGAUUAGUUAUUGGAAAAGGCGGAGAGACCAUCAGAGAAAUUAAUCGUCAGUCUGGAGCACAUGUUGAGUUGGACAGAAACCCACCUCCAAACCCAGGAGAGAAGAUCUUUAACAUCCGUGGAAAUCCCCAACAAAUACAACAUGCUAUUCAGAUGAUAUGUGAGAAGGCAGGGUUACAGUCUGAUGGUCCAGGUCCAGGUGGUCCUGGUGGUCCAAUGGGUCCAGGUCCUGGUGGCCCAGGGCCUCAAGGUCCAGGUCCACAAGGCCCUCCAGGCCCAGGUCCUCAGGGACCAGGAUAUGACCAGUAUGGUCAGUACGGACAGCCAGGACAACCACCAGCAAAUGCCUAUGGUCAGGGAUGGAAUGCUUAUGGACAAACACCCCCACAGAAUGACAAUCAAGGUGACAAGCAGGCACAAGACGCAAAUGCUGCUGCCUGGGCUGCUUAUUAUGCUCAGUAUUACGCUCAGUAUGGUCAGUAUGGGCAGUACAGUCAGCAGCAACAGCAGGGCCAGCAGCCACAACAGCAACAGCAGCAGCCUCCGACUCAGCAGACACAACCCUCUCAACAGCCCCAGAAUUUCCCACAACCUAGUGAGUCAAUCAACCCCCAGACCGGCCAGGCAGACUACAGCACUGCAUGGGCCGAGUACUACAGACAGCAGGGUAUGCACUACCAGGCCAACCUCAUCAUGCAGCAGGCAGCAGCAGCACAAGGAGGCCAGCAGCCUCCCCAACAGUAGUUGCUGCAACGCCCACUUGAUGGCUACACAUUCACUCCGCAAGAGGGGCUGUGGAGGUGUCUAGCGACGAGUUGCUGCUGUGCUGGUGUCCCAUUGUCUCCUGUAUGAUCAACCUCCAUAACUUUAUUUGCUAUGAUGAAACAUCGUCUUAUUUCAUACUUGCUUGCUAUAGUAGACUUGCCCUUUGUCAUUUCUUCAUCUGCUUCAUAAGUCGUAGUAUCACACAACAUUCCAACAUUAAAAUUAUAUAACAAACUAAGUCACAGCAUUAUCUACUGUUCUGGACCCUCCAAAUACAUGCGUGAAGGUUGGAAAUGUUUAUUUUUAUGUGUAAUCAUGUUUGUUUGUAAAUUACAUGUUAAAACAGCUGAUGGGAUCUUCAUUGUAUAGGCUUAAUUUGUGAAUAACAUUGUUGUCUCGCUUUUAUAUGCAGUCAUUAGUAUUAUUUUAUGCUGUUUUGACACUUUUAAUCAUGUACAUAGUUUGGUUUGUGAUCAGGAAGGGAAAAUAUGCCUGAAGUAUUGUGUUCACAUGAAGCAGACCUAGGUUACAUGUCAUGAAUAAAUGUUUAUUGUAUGCAAAAUAAGCUUGUUCUCUUUGAUGCAUGAAAAUAGUGAAAUAUAUUCUUGUUCAUUGACUCGAGAAACUGAGUUUCUUUUGACAGCAUUGCACGGAAGGUAAGGUAUGUUCAAAUGUAUAUGGUUGACCGAAUUGCUCGUCAAAUUUGUAUAUAAAUAGGUUACAGCCAAAGGUCGGAGAAAUAAACUAACCUUAAAACCCAGCUUGGACCGAAACAUCAUAUGUCUCGUUGCCUUGGCACUUGCUCAUAUUUUAAAUAUUGUAUGUUUAUUUUAAACUUGAUGCUUUCACAUAUUGACAUAAUUUAUGCAUUUGAAGAGUAUUGUAUGAACUAUUCACCAGUAUUACCUUUGAAUCCCAAGUCACAGUUAAAUACAGUUCAUGUUCUCUCUCAGCCAGUAAUUGCCAAAUAUUUGAAUUACAUGUUGAAUUACUGCCAUACAUUAAUAUGCAAACAGUUGUUGGAAUUUCUUCCAUGGUCAAUAUAUAUGGUCUAUUAUGAUUUGUUUUAAAUGAUGAUCUAUUUGAUACUUGUGUAGAUAUUUUCCUGCCAUUCUCAUAAAAAUAGUCUUGAUAUGGUUCCGAUGAUUCCACUCGUUCUUGCGUUAGCUCGUUCAUUUCAUAAUUUAGGAUUUGUUUCAUUUACCCGUGUUUCCGUUUUAUUUUGUAUUGAUGAUAAACAAGUGUAGGACUAGUAGUAUGACCCAUAUAUGACCGUGCUUGACAUGUUUUCAAUAUCGUACCCAAUGUCAUGAAUCCUUAAAUACACUAUUCCAUACCUUUUAUCAGGAUUAUUUUUUGCUCAAUGAUGAAUAGUAUAAAAUGACUACCCUAUUUUGAUGUGUAUAAUGAAAUGUUCAUGAAAGUGCUUAUUGAUGAUGUAGACUUCUUAGCUUUUCUAGGUGAUGAUUUAUUUUGCUACUGACAUAAAUAACCAUGUUUCUAAGCCGUCCAGUCAUAGAUGAUAGUUUGUACAUUUUGAAACUGCUUGUUUAAUCAACAGAUAUUCUCAUCAGAUUAUAUAUCGUUUUGAAAUGACAUGAAAUUCAUAUACUUUGUUUGUCUUACUUUGGAUGAUAUUGCGGGGGGAAAAAUACCAUUGAAUGUGCAUGACAUUUUAUAAUGAAUCCACCGAUUGCUGUUUUAUGAUAUUGACUGAUUUGAAAUUUGCUAAAGUAAUUCAGGCUCCUAUGUUGGUGAGAGGUGCUGAUUGGUCGGUCGUUUGGUUGGCUGGUUUCGGCUGGCUGCCAGGCUUUCCCCAAAUCUCGUCGAAAGACGACAGGCUCCACCAACCUACCCACACUCAGUCCUACUUGGCCAGAAUUCGCUCGCGCUGGAGGGAAGAUCACUCACCCGCACGUAAACUCCCACUCUCGCCAGGCCUGCCCGUUCUGUAUAGGGUAAUAUUGAUAAUAUUUCAUGCCUAAGUGAAUAUUGACUUUCUUCAUAAAUGUUAUCACCAAUUGACUAUUGCAUAUUUUUGAUAAAUGUUCCUGUUUAAAUUUCUCAUGUUCGCGUGCAUUGUUUGACUUCCAUAAAUGUGUUUUUCGUUGCAAAUAGUUUUUUUAACAUGCAUAUAUAUACCGUGAUCUUUAAAAAUGAUACUUAUUGAGUAGAUUACUAUUUCGUUUGACCUCUUGUGCCAAGAUAUGCCUUUAUUUAAUUUGUUUGGAUCAUUCCAUUUGAAAUUUAUAGCUGUGGAGACUGUUACAUGUUGAUCGACUUUCAUUUUGAUUGUUUUAGUUUUGAACCAUAUGUAGCUACAGACUGGUUUUAAGUAGUAUUGAAGAAGUUUUGUUCAAAACUAUUUUACAUAUCCGGAUGUUUUUUUUAUGCAUUGAUUUUAUGAAUGUUUAACCCCGUCUCAAUUUCGUGACAUUUUAUGACCACGCGAGAAAUACUCAAGCUGACUAGUUAUUCUGUAUAUGUAGGUGGUUUGCUGAUAAUGAUAUGCAACGCAAGUUUCCAAUUGAAUAUUUGACUUGAGAUCUCAGGAAGGUACAUGUAUGGCAGUUGAUACAUAUUUUCAUCAUUUCUAUUCACUAAUGUGAUAUUUUCCCCACAUAAUGUGAUGAGAUUUUUCAAAUGCAUUUUGUUGUCUUAAAACCAAAGUAUUGAGCAUAUUUUUCUAGGUCAUGUGUCAAAUGAGAGCAAGCCAAGGGUUUCUGGAGCCAUGGUCUAUCGUUUGCCAGAAAUUCUGUUACGGAUAAGGGUUGAGAACUAGAGCUAGAUGCGUGUAAUCGGCAUGGUGCACAAUCACAACACAAUUCACUGCAGUUAGAUGUAUUUUAAUCAGCGUUCAUCAUGUUUGGAUUUGACUUGUACUUUCCCAAAGUGCUUUUGUUUGUGGUAUUAUUAUAUUGGAACAUACUGGUGCUGUUGGUUUAACUAAGCUUGUCUUGUUCGGAGCCUCCCCCCACCCUCCUGCGCCCUCAGCCUCCUCUGCCACAAGAGGGUGGGGACUGAGGAAAUAGUGUUUGAUCAACAGGGGCAUACCUCAGUACCAUUAAGGAUAUAUUACGUUUUUGUGUGGAUUGCAUAUAUAAUUGAUAUUCAACUUUGUUCCUUGCACGGUUUACUCAGAUUAGUGUUUUUAUCAAAUUGCUUUGUACAGAAGUUUCAUAAGGCCGUAUGAAAUUGAAUCCUUGUUCAUCCCCACAAACCUUGAUGCAUUCCACAUGUUUUUUAACCUCAUCUUUGAUAUCUGAAACAGUGCAAUGGUCUAUUGUUUGAAUGUUUUGAUAUUUCAAUGAUAAAUUGCUUGAUGUCAUGUCAUGAACUUUAAAAUGUAACAUAACUUUUUUGACAAAUUGAGGAUGAACAAGGAUUCUGCGCUGUCAACAUGUUAUGUACUACACAUGAGUGCAGAAUAAAUGCUAAAAAGAGUCAA